AUGGGAAGGCGGCGGCAGCAGCAGCGGGGUCGGAGGGCGGUCGGGGCUCCUGGCCGGGGCGGCGGCACCAUCUUGUGCCCGGGUGGAGCCUCCCCAGCCCCAUGCCCCCCACAACCGGGAGCUCUGGGCCCGGGGCCUGGCUCGGGAGUCCCCGGCAGCCAGGAGGAAGAGGAGGAGCCGGGACUGGUCGAGGGUGACCCGGGGGACAGCGCCAUUGAGGACCCAGAGCUGGAAGCGAUCAAAGCUCGAGUCAGGGAGAGGGAGGAAGAAGCUGAGAAGCUAAAGGAGCUACAGAACGAAGCAGAGAAGAAGAUGAAUAUGAGUCCAGCUCCAGGUAAUGCUGGCCCAGUGAUCAUGUCCGUUGAGGAGAAGAUGGAGGCUGAUGCCUGUUCCAUCUAUGUUGGCAAUGUGGACUAUGGUGCAACAGCAGAAGAGCUGGAAGCACACUUUAAUGGCUGUGGUUCAGUCAACAGUGUUACUAUACUAUGUGGCUAAUUUAGUGGCCAUCCCAAAGGGUUUGCAUAUAUAGAGUUCUCAGACAAAGAGUCAGUGAGGACUUCCUUGGCCUUAGAUGAGUCCCUAUUUAGAGGAAGACAAAUCAAGGUGAUCCCAAAAUGAACCAACAGACCAGGCAUCAGCACAACAGACCAGAGGUUUC